GCUUAUGGUGCAAUAGCUGCCAAAACGAAAGUGAAGCGCUGUGCACCUGAAAGGAUGGAAUCUUCAAGCAAACAAUCUGAUGACGGGAUGGAAGAGCAAAACCAAAAAUCUGAUGACAGGAUGGGAGACACUGACCAAAAAUCUGAUGAAGGAAAUGUCUGUAUGGGAGAUACAAGGGCCAAUUGUCAGAAUCAACUCUCAAGUGAUAUGGCUGUUUCCAAUGAUCCAGAAAUGCUCCCCUCAACAUCAUCCAGAGAAAUUUCAUCUAUACAAAGUAUUUCAGUGGAUAUCUUACAGGAAGAUGACCCACAAGAGGUCACUAGUUCUUUUGGAGAUCCCAUACAUCAAACCAGCAAUACAGCUACUGUUGGAAGUACAUCUUCAUGUAAAACCAUGGCCAGUAAUGCGUCUUUUAGUGAAUUAUGGCCUAUUGUAUGGCUAGCGAUGUGGAUUAUUGUCUUGGUUAUUAAAAUACUUCAAAACAAUUUUCAUCCAGCUCCUUAUGAUCAUGAUUUACAAGAUCCCUGGAGAAGGUGCGCAACUAUGGCUGAUAGUACCACAAAUCAUCAAAAUCUAUCCCCUGUGGACUCGCCAUUACUGGAAUUACCUCGAACUGACUCCACAAUACAGGAGGAGGGCAUCAGACGAGGAGCUGAUGUCCAGUUCACCAAUGAUACAAUGAGACCUGAGGCUCGGCAAGGUUCAGAUGAGGAAGAUCAAUCACUCCUAGAAAUCUCCCAGCAAACUUCUGUGAAUGGAACAAACAAUGAGGAAAGCUACAUGGAUAGCAUGUUUAGGCAAGAAAGAAGUCAUUCUCAGAUUAAUCAUCAGGAUGUCAUCCGUAUCAGCAGUAAUAAUUGGAUGACCAGGUCGACUGACAUGUGCCCAGAUAUUAAUGAAACAACAUCAUCAGAGGGUGAGGAAGUCCAGUCAAACAUUACAACCCGACCACCUGAAAACCGACCUCAAGGUAUUCCUCAUGAAGGAUGGGUAUACAUAAAGAAUACCUGCAGCUUGGACCAGUUCCUUAAUGCACUGUACCAGGUAUGCUGGUUCACACCAAUCCGAAAUCAGCUAGAGGACUUAGCACACAGAUUCCCUGAGGCAUACGAACGUCUUUGGAGAGCACUUCUUCUGUGUGAGGAAGGACAAUUCCCCGAUGCAAAGUUUGAGCUAGUGCCUAAGCUCGACUUGUACAAUCUUGAAGGUCGUACGAUAAUGCCAUUGAUAGAAAGACAGCUACGUCAUAGGUUUACAUCUUUUUGCCAAAGAUGUGAAGAUUGUAUUUCUACAUCACAAUAUCUCAGUGAUGUAUAUCUGUUUGAAUUUAAUCCGGAAGGAGGUCUCCAGGAAGCCUUGAGGUCUGCCUUUUCAUGUCCAAAUAUGACAUGCAGUCGACAAAGGUGUGGAGGUCGUGCAACCACCAGAGUAGAAUUUGAAUUGGGAAACCCUCCAAUGUUCCUCGCCAUUUAUCUUAACCACCUCAAUUCCAACUCAGGAAGCAUCAAUUUUACUGAGGUUGUGGAGCUGUUUGAAGAAAGGUAUAUGAUAUUCCUCUUCACCAUGGCCCGCCUAGACGCCUGGGAAAAUGGAUUGUUCAUCCCAGGUCACUACAUGUCCUAUGUCUUCCGACCAGAACGGGGUGGAGAAUUUGGCAGAGAUGGGAGACCAGUAGGAAACUGGUUUUUUUACCCCAAUAAUUUACAUGGGGACAUGGAGCCUUGGACACCUGGCCAAGCAGACCCUGCAGGAACCAAUCCUAGUUAUAUUUACCUCGUUCGGAUUCCUCCUUCCUCUUCUGGAGGAGCCACUUCUGGUCGGGAAGAAGAGGGUCCAACACAGGAGGAAGAUGACAAUUAAGAGUAGACAUUCAUCUAUCAACAUGAUAUCAGACUGUCAAAAACAUACAUUUCAAAUCUUCUUGAUAAACUGAAAACUAUAACAAAAACUAUUAAGUAUAUAACAAUGAUGCCCUAAUCAUAAGCAUGCUCAAAAAAGGAAGAAGAUGACAAUGAGAAAUAGACAGACAUAAAUAUACAUAUACAAUAUGUAUACAUAGUGCUACUUUGUGUUGUUCCAAUUUAUUUUGAUAUAUGUAUUUAUAUUUCAUGUUUUACAUGUAAAAACUUAGUAAUCUAUAAUGUAUGUAUGGUUGGCCUUCUGAAUAUAAGAUAAACAAGAGUGCCUUUUAGUGAACCACCAACUGUAGUACAUUGUAGUGCAAAGUUUAGAGAGGAUAUGUUUACUGUUUUAUUAGGCAUUCAUGGAAAUCCCUAUUGUUUUCGUUACGUUUUUUCUUAUUAUUCUUUUUCUUAUUUCCACAGAUUUUGUAUACAUUUUCAUUCAAAAACGAAUGAAGAUAAAACUUUCAUAUUAUAGCUCAUGAUAGCAAACAUGGAGCUGAUCAGUACACUAACAUUUUGGUGAUCAAGGGCAAAGGUAUUGUGUGUUCGAAGAUCUGACAAGGUUUAAUCAGGAGAGACUGAAAGCAAUAUUUAAUCUUGAUUGCGUGAAACAUUCAUAUACAUGUAGUAUAGAUGGGAAACUGUUUGGCCAGCUAAAAGAUGGAAAGAAAAGAAGACACCAUCCUAUCAGACAGUUACCUUUGUGAUAAUUCCAAUUUUAGGUAAAGGACUAACAUUUGUGUUGGACUCUUGACAAAGAACUCAAAUAUGCAUAAAGUGUAGAAAAAAAUUACUUUCAGAUCUCGGUAUGAUGCAGAAAACAAGCUUGUAAAGUUCAAAUGUUAAUGUAAAUUUAUAGAUAUCAUAGAAAUAUAAUAAUUAAAAGUACUUGGUAAAUGUAAUAACGAUAAAAGUAAAUGUCUUGCAAUUAAUAUUCUUAGAGGAUUUUACUAUGAAGUGUAUUAUGCUUAGAUUGGAACAUAUAAUUAUGUAUAGUCUGUUUGUAAUUAUGCAUAUUAAUACAGAUAAGAGCAAAUACAUACAGCAUAAGAAUGUAAGAUUUCAUAUUAGUUUGCUGCCGAUAUGUCCCAUUAUAGUGGCUAAUGGUGUACUCUGAAGAAUAACCAAAGAAAAAGCAUAAUCUAGCCUCUAUACUGUAUCUGAAAGUAAAGUUGAUGUAUUAAAAGCUAUAUUGAAGUAUAAAUGGAAGCUUUAAUUGGGUAAAAGGUUUCAUAAGAAAUUUACAUUCUGUUAUAGAUAGAAACAAAUUUCCAUGUGUGCCAAUUGUGUAUAUAUAUAUAUGAUUUUUAGAAGAAAAAAAUCAAAUCAAAAGGAGCCUAUGCAGGUUUACAUGAAGGAAUGCUCAGUUAUAAUGUAGCAUAACAUAAGUAUGUUAACUCUAUCACUGUGAUACUGGUUGGAUAUGAGAUAUUGAUUUUUUCUUUGGUAUAUUGUUCAUAUAUCUUUAAUGGCGUAAAAGGUUUCAUAAGGAAUGUACAUGUAUGUCCAUUCAUAGAAAUAUAUGUCCAUAUGUGAACAUGUACAUGAUUUUUAGCUCAUCUGCCCAAAGGGCAAGUGAGCUUAUGCCGUGGCGCGGCGUCCGGCCGUCCAUCCGGCGUCAACUUUUCCAUUCAAGCA